CAAAUGUGGUAUUAGUAAUAACUAGUGUUCAAUGGUGUAACAAAGAGCAAUUUUACUUAAACAAAAUGGUAAAUCUCUUAAUAUGGAUAAGUGUAAUAGGUAUUUAUAUACAAACACCGGAAUGCUGCGAGGAGAAAUGGGUUCCGUACGACAGAUUUGGAGUAUGCUACAAACUAUAUACAACACCAAGAUUAGAAUGGGAAGACGCUAAAGACUUUUGUUCAAAACAAGACGCGGAACUUACAGAUUUAUAUGACUACACAGAACAAAUGUUCAUAAAAGAUAACUUGUUAAGAAGAAUCAGAGCACAUGGUGUCUGGAUAGGAAUAUCUGAUGAUGGAGAUGAAGGUGACUGGAGAUGGGUAAAUAAUUCACAAGCAGACAUAGACAGAUUCGAGUGGUGGCCAGGAAACCCAGACAAUGCCAAUGUUGAAGAUGGGUUCUUUGAUUCAUUCUUUGGGGAAGACUGUGUGGAGAUUAGUCUUAAAUCAAAAUAUCGUGGCCUAUUAAAUGAUUAUCGUUGUGACGAAAGAAUGCCAUUUAUAUGUAAGAAGAAAGAUAUGUCCACCACAACUACUACCACAACAACAACUUUGGCAACUACUGUAGCCACAGAAUCUGAUACGUUGAGACAAAAUGAGAAUAAAUUUACUGUACCAGUUGUUUCAACAUUGACGGUGAUAUGUUUGAUAGCCCUGCUCGUUGCCGGUUCUUUCAUCUAUCUAAGACGAUACCGGAAGCGGAAGUCAACUCCUGACAAUUACGAAGACGCCAAUUUUACGUCAUCAGCGAAUGAAAACAUUUACACGUGCCUGGACACAAAUAGCCAAUCAGCAUUGAAUAACAACAUCGCAUCAUGUGACCAGAAUAGCAUUCAUGAAUAUCAUAGUGUACAUUUUUCAGCACAAGGUUCACUUUAUGAGUCAGUCAAUUGCAACAAAUUGAAUACAGAUUAUCAGACACCACCGCCACCAAGAAAAUAUUGAAACUCUAUUCUUAAUGUAAGAUACUUGUAAUACAAAAUGUACAAGUUUUAUCGUUUAUGUAAGUAAGACCGGUAGGGCCAUUUAAAUUUCAUGAAUUCCCGAUUUCAUCUUCAUGAAUUCACAAUUUAAACUUCGUGAAUUCCCGUUUUCAAAAUACGGAAUUCACGAAUUCACGAUUCAGCUUCAUGAAUUCACGACACUAAGUUCACGAAUUCACGAUUUGAAUUUGGUAUCGUGAAUUCGUGAAGAUGAAAUCGUGAAUUCAUGAAGUUGAAAUCGUGAAUUCUUGAAGUUGAAAUCGAGAAUUCAUGAAGCUGAAAUCUGGAAUUCAUGAAGUUGAAAUGCCCCCAGCGGUCCUUCGUAUGUAUGACUUCAAUUGCGGCUACAACAGCAAAAACAACGAAUACAACUGUUAUGUCUUGUGAAUGUGACAAAAGUAGACGACUUCCAAAACUGUACUGUACUUCAUCGACUUUAAAUAAAGACUACGCUGGGAGAAAUGUAAACGACUAUUUCGACUUUUACGAGUACAAACCAUCAUAUGACUUGAGAUCACUUUUAUUUUCAAUUUUGAUAAGGUUUUUAGUCAAUUUCAGUCUGUUUGUUUAAAGUCCCUGAGACUUGAACAACUUAAACCUAGUUGAAUUUAACUGUUAAGGUCAAGGUCACUAAUGGCGAUUACUUGACGCUUUAGUGUACAGUCCAAAGAUUUGGUGUGAAGGUUUGACUGGCAAGUAAAUGGUCCCUGUUGAUUUUAAGGUCAGUCUGUCUGCUUCAUUGAUAAAACAUUGUCUUAACUGUAAAAUGCCUUUAACAGCUUUUCAUUUUGAUUCAUUUUUCACAUUUAGGGAAGAAAUCACUCUGGAAAAACAGAGUGGUCGAAUGUUCUGAAAUUUUGCACUCAGAGUAUUGGUCUAGACCUUUAUCAAAUGGAACAUAAAUCUCAAAAAAAUAUUUCCAGUAAUGUCAAAAAUUGUCUGUGGAGUCCUUUACAAGCUUAAUGUAUCACAAAAAGGAACAAGCUGAAAAGAAAGAAAAAUAAUGUAAGGGGAGCAUUUCCUGUUGAUUGAAAAUAAAAUAUUUCCUGUUGAUUGAAAAUAAAAUGUAGAAAUGUAGAAAUUUUUGAUUUAUGGAUGUGUUUUCAGAAGAGUUUGAGUUUCAAAUAUUGUUUUAUAUGACCAAUAACGUUCUAUACCAAAUAUUGUAUGUUAUAGUACAAUUUAUACACUAUCGUUUUAUAUCUUGUGUUUGUAGUUGUGUGUUCAAGUCCCAGAAUAAAACUUUCAUCUAUAUUGCAAUGGCAGCAUAUGCAGCUCAUCUGAGCACUGCAAGAAUCUCAGGUGAGCGAUCCAAAGCCAUCAUGGUCCUCUUGUUAGUAAGCUUCCUAUUGUUAUGAACGCUUUGAGCUGUUCGUGCCAUUCUCUUAAUGUCUGUUUCCUGGAACUAACCAAAAUGGUAUCAUUAUUAUAAGGAAACAUUAGUAGAAAUAAUAUUUUGAACUACUGAGCCAAACAAACAUGUGCUGUUAGUAUUUUUUGACAGGGAGCAAUUUUAAAAUAUGCAUGUAUUAAAUGAAAAUAUUGAUUCUGAUUUUGGUAUUUUUUGUCGCCUCUACAGAGUAAUGGCGACAUAUAGGGAUCACUUCUUCGUCGUCUGUCCGUCCGUAAAAAAAAUUGUCCGGACUACUCCUCAAAGACUAAUGUUGCAAUUUCAUCCAAACUUUACAGGAACGAUCUGUACUAAGUCUAGUUGUGCAUAUCGUUGGCAUUUUCCGGUUCAAUGAUUUUGUCAGAUUUCUGGCCCUUUAAUGUUUUUUUUUUAAUUUGUCCGGAUUACUCCACUAAUAUCAUUGAUGCAAGUUCAAUGAUACUUUACAGGAUUGAUCAGUGGUACAAAUACUUGUGCAUAUUACACAGAUUUUGCAGUUGAAUGAUUUUUGGCUUAGUUAUGGCCCUUGAAAAAAACGCGUUUUGCCCUUUUACUAUUUUUGUGUCUCCUGCUACACGGUAGCAGUAAUAUGUAAUUGGCUAUCACAAGGCCAUGUGAUCACCAAUCGUUCUUGUCUAAGCAGGGGAAAAUUAUCUUAUUACUAAAUGUUUCAUAAAUAAAGCUUACACGAGGGCUAAAAGGUGAGCUUUGGUGUGACCGAUUGUUUGUUGUCAUUGUCCACAAUUUCUUUAAGUAUCUAAUUAACAUCUCCCUUAUUAUAUCUACAUUAUCAUAACAUUUUUUGUGUCGCUUCUACAGAGAAGUGGUGACAUAUAGGGAUAAUUUCUGAGUCGCCUGUCUGUCCGUCUGUACGUUACUUGUCCGGACUACUCCUCAAAACUGUUGCAAUUUUAUUCAAGUUUUACAGGAAUGGUCAGUACCAAGUCUAGUUGUGCAUAUAGUCGGCAUUUUCUGAUUCAAUAUUUUUUGUUGUUAUGGCACUUUGUUAAUAAUUACUUUUAACGUUUGUCGGGACUACUCCUCUAACACCACUAUUGCAAUGUCGGAUUGAUUGGUAGUUCAAGUACUUGCGCACAUA